GAACUAGUUCAAAGUGGAAGAGGCAGACACAGAGACGUAUUAAUUUACGUGUGAAUUUAAUUUAAAAUUUUGUACCAUAUCGCCACAGACAUACACUCGACGCUUUUGUUUGCUUAGUGAAUGACCAAGAAAUCCAGUAAGGUGAACAGCAAUCAACCGACAACAAGUUCAUCAUGAGCACAUCCACCGAACAGCCGCCGCGCUUCGAUAGCGCCAAUACCAAUGGCUCUGAGAGCACAUCACAGCAGCAGCAGCAGCAGCAACAACAGCAACAGCAGCAACAGGAGCAGAACCAGAACCAACCACAGAAUGCAACGGGCAAGCUCUUGCAGCAUAUCCAAACGAAUCGAAUUGAUUGCGCCCUGUGGGCCCUGCGUCUGCUGUCGAUCUUCUUUACCCUGAGCUACGUUUUGCCCAUAUUCACCUCACAACAGAGCUCCUUCACCAAGGUGCUGCUGGCCAAUGCGGCCAUCUCGGCCCUGCGUCUGCAUCAACGGGUGCCCGCCUUCUCCUUCAGUCGCGAAUUUCUGAGCAAAUUGUUUGCCGAAGACUCGUGUCACUACAUGGUGUACUCCCUGAUCUUCUUCAACAUUCGGCCCUCGCUCUUGGUGCUGGUGCCCGUGCUGCUCUACUCCGUGCUGCACGCCUCCAGCUAUUCCCUCAAGUUGUUGGAUCUGAUUGGCCAGAACUCGUGGUGGGGCGCACGUUUCAUUAUCUCAAUUGUGGAGUUCCAGGCGGCCAACAUACUGAAGGCCACAGCAUUCUGCGAGAUCUUCAUUAUGCCCUAUGCCAUUGUGCUGACAUUUAUGAGCCACGCUGGCCUGAUGACACCCAUUAUCUACUAUCACUAUGUGGUAAUGCGUUACACCUCACGCCGCAAUCCCUAUCCCCGCAACGCCUUUGCCGAGCUGCGCAUCACCUUUGAGGCGCUGGCCGCUCGCUCACCGCCGGCCGUUGCCAAAAUCAUUCGCGGCGGCAUUGGCAUUGUCAGCCGUUUGGCGCCGCACCCAACGCCUGUGCCACCACAGCAGUAAGGUGUACGUACCGCAUACGGGAAGGAGAACGCUACUAAGGACAUCUAAAUAAGCUUAUUUAAAACUAUUGUACCAGCCCACACACACA